CUUUCCCGCGAUAAAGAGGAAGAAGAAAGGGGCGUGGCUUGCCUUGGCUGCCUGUCCGCCUGCGCGCGCAGCGGCGGCGGCGGCUUCCGUUGCUGCCAUGGCGGCGCGGAGCGUGACGGGCUCCGGGGCGCGGAGGAGCGGCCGUUGCUACAGCUUGGCUCCGUCCUUCUCCGGCCGGUGGCUGCGCCCCUGCCCCGGCAGUUGAAGAAGAGGCCUGGUUGUCCCCACCGCACGGCCCGGCCUGAGGAGGGCGCCGAAGAAUGGCUGAGGCGGCCGUCGAGCUGGAGACGCUGAGGGGGAAGGUGGCUGCGUUGGAGCAGGAGUUGGGCGCCUGCCGGAGCCGCCUGGAGCGGGAGAAGAAGCUGCGCCUCAAAGCCCAGGCCAGCGCGGCCAAGUUGCGGAGACAGGUUGAAGAACUUAAGGAAAUAAAGGAAAACAGACAAAGCGAGAAAGCAACAUCGAGUAUAGAAGUGCAAACUGAAGAAUCUUCUGUGUGGUCAUAUACAGAUUAUUACUUCUACCAUGAUUACUACAACAAUUCUGAUCCUGAUGAUUUAUCCAGUGCACCAAUACAACCAGAUAAUGAGAGAUCAAAACCUGCCUGUACAGACGAGUUGCAUCUGGGUGAUCACCAAGAUGUAAAUGGUGUGAAGCAUGAUGAGCAAGGGGAACACAACAGUGUGAUCCAUACUGUGCAGAAAUCCGAAGAUAGUGUAUUAAGAGAAGGUACCUUGGCAGAUAGUCUGAGAGCUGCUGCAGAGGCUGCUGUAUCUCAAACAGGAUUUGUAUACGAUGAAAGCACUGGAUUAUAUUAUGACCAUAGCACUGGGUUCUAUUAUAAUUCGGAAAACCAACUGUAUUAUGAUCCAGCCACUGGAAUUUAUUAUUACUGUGAUGUUGAAAGUGGUCGAUAUCAGUUUCAUUCGCGCGUAGAUCUGCAAUCUUAUGGACCUGGAACUACUCAGAACAGCAAAGACAGGAAAAGCAAGAAAAAAAGGAAAGAUGCAGAAUGGCCUACAGCAAAUGAAUACAAGGACGAUGAUCAAAAAUCUCCCAGCAGUCUGAAUUGUCUUUCUACCAUUAAUGAACUAAAUUCUCCAGAAGAAGAAGAAUCUCCAAAUACGAAAAGGGCUAAGGUGGACAUUGACAGAAAAAACAGCCUUAUGUCCAAGGAAUCAAAUACCCUGAACGGCACCAAUUUACAUCUUAGAAACACAAAAUGUACUGCUGUUAUAGACGACAAUAAAACAGAGUCAGAGAGUGAGCCAGAAGAAGGUGAAAUUACAGACUCUGAACAGGAAGAAUGUACCAGUGAAGAUGAAGUAACAAGUGAAGGAACUGUUAAUUCAGAAGACACUGACAGUGAAGAUGGUGACAAGAUCUGGCCGCCUUGUAUAAGAGUGAUUGUAAUUAGAUCACCAGUAUUGCAGAUGGGAUCUCUGUAUAUCAUCACAGCUGUCAAACCUGCCACAAUUGGAAGAGAAAAGGGUAUGGAACACACACUGCAAAUUCCAGAACUUGGUGUUAGUAAGUUUCAUGCAGAAGUAUACUUUGAUCAUGAACUGCAAAAUUAUGUUCUUGUGGAUCAAGGCAGUCAGAAUGGCACUGUAGUUAAUGGAAAUCAAAUACUGCAGCCUAAAACAAAAAGCAAUCCUCAUGUUCUGGAACAUGGUGAUGAAGUGAAGAUUGGGGAAACUGUGUUGUCCUUUCACAUACACCCUGGAAGCGAAACCUGUGAUGGAUGUGAACCAGGGCAAGUCAGAGCCCAUCUUCGCCUUGAUAAGAAAAACAAAUCUUCUGUUGGUCCUGCAUUGACAAAAGAAGAGAAGGAAUUAGUUAGAAGAAAAGCAUUAAAACAAAUACGGGUAAAAUACGGCUUACAGAAUUCAGAAUAUGAAAAUGAUAAAGUCCUGAAAAAUCCAAACUACACAGACAGAGCAGAAAAGCGCCGUGAGAUAGUUGGCAGUGAAGGAAGUUUUCACAGAGAUGAUGCACCAGCAUCCAUACAUAUUAAAAUUAGUGAUAGCAACAGAGGUCAUAAAAUGCUGGAGAAGAUGGGAUGGAAGCAAGGAGAAGGGCUUGGAAAGAGCGGUAGUGGAAUGAAAGAUCCGAUCAAACUUCAGAUGCACAGAAAACAUGCAGGCCUGGGUUCAAGUACUCCUGUAUCUACUGAAGAAGUUCAGAUCAUCAAUACCAAGAACAAAAGGAACUGGGAAAAAGCACGAGAGCGAUUUGCAGAAAACUUCCAGGAUUCUAAAUCACAGAAAAGUAUACCAAAGGAUCCCACUUGGGUUAGAGAAACUGCAGAAUGAUGUUCACAAUUUAAUUUAGUAACAUGGUUUAGUCAGGACUUUAUUUUAUCCCAGAAUGGAAUAUGAUUUUUGUAGUAGUAUUUCUUAAACUGUUGUAUAUGCUGAUAACUGCAGUCCAUUGUUUGAUCUGCUGUUUUACUUUGUUUUGUUUAAAGCACAUUUUAAACAUACAUGAUUUAAAAUGGCUCAGAUCCAAAGAGAUUUUGAGAUUAACAGUGGCUGAAAUUCUGGUUAUAGAGCCAUGCAACAAUGGUAUCAUUAGCUGUGGCUGUCCCAUGGCUGUUUCAGUACAAUUAGAAGCUUGCUACAGCCUCUACCCAGGUUUGGGGAUCUAUAAUAAUACUUGUGGCUUUGGGGAGUUAUGGAACUGAAAAAGGGAUUGAUUUAUAACCAAAGUAACCGCUUCUAGUCCCAGAGGUGGGACCAGUCACAGUGGGAGCAGUUUUACAGCUUUAAAUCAUCCUACCCCCAGAGGUUCUCUGAAAUGUGGAUAGGGACUCUAGGAAGCUUCUUUUAUUGGCCCCAAAACAGAUGUGGCUGAUGACAUCAUUCUCACUGUAUUGUGUAAAGCUGCACAAUAGGGUUUCAGGCAUUCAAGAAUAAAUAGGCGGAUGUUUUAGGAGAGGGAUCACUUUCUCAUUAUUUUUAACCUCCCUGACUAGUUAAUAGAAAUGAAUAUUUCAGUUUUGGAUGCUUCAUGGACCUCACAAGCAUGUAUGAACAACUGAUGCAAAAGGUAUUGUAUUUCUUUAAAGAUGGGGGAUUUAAAUGCAAUAUUGGCCAGCCUGAUUAAACCUUCCUCCCCUGCAACCAGGCAUGCACUUGCACGCUGCCACCAUUCCCCCCUCUGCACCAGUUGUGGACAUAGCCUGGUAGGGGCUUCCAUGCCUCCUUGUGCGGAGAGGCUUGUCAUCCCCCCCUCACUGGAUUGCCUCACCCAGGGAAACAUGAAGUGCCCAUGUCUAAGCAGCACUAACACCACUUUGUUUCAUUCCUCUAACAUGAAAUUACCAGAAUUUUAGUAGUCUAUUAGACCACAGUCAUGUUUUAAAUAUGUCACUGUUUUUGGUGAAGAAUUAACGUAAACAGGAAUUGUCAGUGAAGACCUUUUUUUUUUCUUCUGUGAAGAACCAGAAAAGGUUGCAUAUUAAACCUAUAGUACUCUGUGACAGCAUACUGAGAAACUAGUAUUCAAAGCUGUUCUGUGCAUUAAAAAUUGUAUUAUACAGUUCUAGGAAUGUAGUAUUGCAGAAAUCUGUUGGGAGGUUGUAUAUUUCCUGGACUCAGAUGUUUUGUUUGAAAAGCUGCCUUACAAUGGAAGUCCUAGUCAAAUAUCUGAUAACCUUCUGUGUUGAGAACAUUCUGAAUAGUGGUAUGUAGUCAUGCAUUCUGAAGCAGUAAAGUCCAAGACUUCUGUAGUACCUUAUUCUUAAAACUUAAAUUAGCCCUACAAGGUAGGAAUCUAUCUUAGCCUUCAAGCUAUGUUGCAGGAGGCCUUUUUUAAGUCAAUGUGAUUGUUUGAGGAGACCUAUCUUUUUAGCAUCCUAGCACUAUUGAUCUGUUGGGGUUCUUUUUUCCAUUGCUGGCAAUGGAGUUUUAGAUCAGGCAUCUUGGUUUUUCUUUCAUUUCUGCUUCUUGGCAAGAGACUGAACACAUAUUUAUUGAAAUGUUAAUAAACCACUGCUUUCAGCUUC